AACCCGAGAAACCCGAGUAGAGAGAGGGAAAGUAUGAAAGAAAGUUGUUUGCGGUUGUUUAACUCUGGAGAUUUUACUUUUACUGAUGUUUCUGUAAAGCAGAUUGAGCUGAAAUGGAAAGAAGAAGAGCUUUUUAAAAGAUAGGAAAGGAUUAUUAACAUUAACAACAUUAUCUCAGGAUUUUUCCUUCUUUUUAACUCCUUAAAUGUGAAUAAAUGCAGGAAUGAAUCAAAUCUCAGCGAACAGAAGAUCUGGUCCAGUUCUGAUCACACUGCUGAUCUCAAUGUGUGUGUCGGACGGCAGGAAUAUCACAGUCAGGAUGGGAUCGGGCGUGAUGCUACCGUGUAGCUGCCCACACGUUUCUUCACUGCUCAGCUGGCAGAAGGGCAUCACCAUAGUGUACAGUGAUCGCAGAAACUCAGCCGAAACCAGUGCAGAUCAGCAGUACAGCGGGAGAACCAGAGUCCUGGAGAGCAACUGCUCUCUGGUCCUGAGCCGAGUUCAGCCGUCUGACGAGGGAGAGUACUCCUGCUACUACCAGACCUCCAGUUUCUCCGUAGAGACUGUAACUCUACACGUCACAGCCGAUGCUUCUUGUGAGUACAAAUCUGGCCUUUACCAUUGUAAGGCCACCUGGGGUUCUCCUGAGGGGUGGAUUGUAUGGAGAUUGAACGGUCAGUCCAAGUUCCUGCAUUCAGUGUUUUUCCAGAGGAAGCUGGAUGAAGAUUCUGGUCUCUAUAUCAUAAACGGCUCCGCCAACAUAACCAGUAAUGGCGCAGUGACGUGUGAGGUGGAGACUUCUGGAAAAACAGUGGAAAUUGAGUGUAACCGUAAGUGUGCUUAG